GCCUAAACUAUCAUCAAAAUAAACAUCACUCAAAGUAAGAUGUCAUUUUUACCAAGCCAGUAUUUAGAAUUUCCCAUAUAAAUAUAUAUGGUUUACCUCUAAAUUCACCCAGCGAUGUCUUUUUUGAACAAGCACGAGCGAGUUUUUCGCUAUGGCGAACCGUUCGAUAUACCGCAUUCUCGUUCCGAAGCUAGGAUGAAAAUUUACCCGUCAGCUACGGAUAGAAGAGCUUGGUGCGAUGAAGUGGAGCAACGCAGACAACAUAUUCUAGAACUCAAUGCCAGAAGCCGAGGGCAAUUUUGUCUGGAAAAGUACCUGCCACUGGACUUGCUCUUCAACGCAAUCUCAGCCAACAAAGACAACGAAAUCUUCAAACUUCAAAAACGAAUCGAAUACUUGGAGGCUUUGACCGACAUUUACAGACAAAUCGAGCUCACGCCGGAACAGAAAAAAAAAUUGGACAGCCUGAAUGCCCAGCUUGAUGAGGAGAAGAAAAAGCUGAAAGCUACUACCCGAAAAAAAAAAGAGCACGAACGACAAAAAAGAAAGAAAGAGCUUGAAGCGUCAAGGCCCAGAUCAACUUCAGAAGAACGCGAACCCGUGUCCAAACGGGAGAAACGUAAAAGACUGAGCAGUGUACCAGGUACUUCCAAAGAAGAACCGAAAACUGACUAUAGAAAACGAGCACGACCAUCCAAAGAUGACGAUUUGCCUUUUGAGAAAAAACCUAAAGUUCCAAUUGCACAAAAGCCUGUAGGCGAAACAUCGGAGCCAGAAAAAUUAUAUUCCGCAUUAACUCAAUCGCCAAGGCCUUCUGAAGCCAGGAAAACUGACACUACUGCACCGAGAGAAUUGCCAGAACGUUCCAAAAUUAGAGGACGAGGUAGAGGCAGACUUAGUCGUGAAGGUGUAGGUGGGCCUGCUGCCGAACCAUUUAAAGAUGGAACAAAGCCUGCUAAAACUGGGAAACCUAAACCACGUGACGAAAAGGAACCUACAGAUGAAGUAGAAGCUGCUGAAAGAGCUCGAAAAAUGCAACCAUCUGAAGUUGAAGGGAAGCCAGCCGAAACUGUAUCAGCUGAGAAAAGAGAACCGGCAGCUGAACGAGCUCGAAAAAUGAAACCAUCUGAAGAUGAAGUGAAGCCAGCCGAAACUGUAUCAGCUGAGAAAAGAGAACCGGCUGCUGAACCUACCAAAAAGAGAGUGAAGCCUGCUGAAACUGUGAGGCCUAGAGCAGCUGGGGAAAGAGAACCCUUCGCUGAACCUACCACAGAUAAAGUGAAGCCUGCUGGAAUAGUACAACCUCAAACAGCUGAUAAAAAGGUACCAGCCAAAGAUAAAGACCAACUUUCUGAACCUGUGAAACCUAAAACCGUUGAGAAAAAAGAACCUUAUGCGGAACUAUCCGAGGAUAAAGCGAAGCCAGCUGAAACUGGUAAACCUAAAACUAUGGAGAAGAAAGAACCACUUGCGAAACCAUCCAAAGACGAAGACAAGCCUGCUGCUAAAACAGCUGGGAAAAGAGAACCGACUGCGGAACCUACCAAAGAGAAAAUGAAGCCUGGUGAAACUGUAAGGCCUAAAACAGCUGAGAAAAAAGAACCGGCUGCUGAACUUGUAAGGCCUAAAACAGCUGAGAAAAAAGAACCGGCUACUGAACCUACCAAAGAUAAAAUGAAGCCUGCUGAAGCUGCAAGGCCUAAAACAACUGACAAAAGAGAUACAGCUGCUGAACUUAUGAGGCGUAAAACAGCUCCGGCUUCUGAUUCUACCAAAGAGAAGGUGAAGCCUGCUGAAACUGUGACGCCUAAAACAGCUGAGCAAAAAGAAUCGGCUGCUGAACCUGCCAAAGAUAAAGUGAAGCCUGCUGAAACUGUGAGGCCCAAAAAAGCUGAGAAAAAAGGGUCAGCUGCUGAACCUACCAAAGAUAAAGUGAGGCCUGCUGAAGCUAUAGGGCCUACUGCUGAGAAAAAAGAACAGGCUGCUGAACUUGUGAGGCCUAAAACAGCUCCGGCUUCUGAUCCUACCAAAGAGAAAGUGAAGCCUGCUGAAACAGUGAGGCCUAAAACAGCUGAGAAAAAAGAAUCAGCUGCUGAAUCUGUGAGGCCUGAAACAGCUGAGAAGAAAGAACCGGCUGUUGAACUUGUGAGGCCUAAAACCGCUCCGGCUUCUGAACCUACCAAAGAGAAAGUGAAGCCUGCUGAAACUGUGACGCCUAAAACAGCUGAAAGAAAAAAAUCGGCUGCUGAACCUGCCAAAGAUAAAGUGAAGCCUGCUGAGACUGUAAGGCCCAAAACAGCUGGGGCAAGAGAGGCAGCUGCUGAACCUACCAGAGAGAAAGUAAAGUCUGCUGAAACUGUGAAGCCUAAAACAGCUGAGAAGAAAGAACCGGCUGCUGAACUUACCGAAGAGAAAGUUAGGCCUGCUGAAACUGUAAGGCCUAAAACAGCUGAAGAGAAGGAAUCGGCUGCUGAACCUGCAAAAGAUAAAGGAAAGCCUGGUGAAACUGUGAGGCCUAAAACAGCUGAGAAAAAAGAAUCGGCUGCUGAACCUGCCAAAGAUAAAGUGAAGUAUGCUGAGACUGGAAGGCCAAAAACCGCUGAGAAAAAAGGGUCAGCUGCUGAACCUACCAGAGAGAAAGUAAAGCCUGCUGAAACUGUGAGGCCUAAAACAGCUGAGAAAAAAGAAUCGGCUGCUGAACCUGCCAAAGAUAAAGUGAAGUCUGCUGAGACUGGAAGGCCAAAAACCGCUGAGAAAAAAGGGUCAGCUACUGAACCUACCAGAGAGAAAGUAAAGCCUGCUGAAACUGUGAGGCCUAAAACAGCUGAGAAAAAAGAAUCGGCUGCUGAACCUGCCAAAGAUAAAGUGAAGUCUGCUGAGACUGGAAGGCCAAAAACCGCUGAGAAAAAAGGUUCAGCUGCUGAACCUACCAGAGAGAAAGUAGAGCCUGCUGAAACUGUGAGGCCUAAAACAGCUGAGAAAAAAGAAUCGGCUGCUGAACCUGCCAAAGAUAAAGUGAAGUCUGCUGAGACUGGAAGGCCAAAAACCGCUGAGAAAAAAGGGUCAGCUGCUGAACCUACCAGAGAGAAAGUAAAGCCUGCUGAAACUGUGAGGCCUAAAACAGCUGAGAAAAAAGAAUCGGCUGCUGAACCUGCCAAAGAUAAAGUGAAGUCUGCUGAGACUGGAAGGCCAAAAACCGCUGAGAAAAAAGGUUCAGCUGCUGAACCUACCAGAGAGAAAGUAAAGCCUGCUGAAACUGUGAGGCCUAAAACAGCUGAGAAAAAAGAAUCGGCUGCUGAACCUGCCAAAGAUAAAGUGAAGCCUGCUGAGACUGGAAGGCCCAAAGCAGCUGAGGAAAAAGAGUUGGCUGCUGAACUCACCAAAGAGAAAGUGAAGCCUGCUGGAACUGUGAGACCUGAAACAGCUGAGAAAAAAGAACCGCCUUCUGAACCUAGCAAGGAAAAAGUAAAGCCUGCUGAAACUGUGAGACAGACACCUGAUAAGAAAGAACCGGCUGCUGAACCUUCCAAAGAGAAAGUGAAGCCUACUGAAACUGUAAGGACUAAAACAGCUGAGAAAAAAGAACCACCUGCUGAACCUACCAAAGAGAAAGUGAAGCCUGCUGAAACUAUGAGACCUAAAACAGCUGAGCAAAAGGAACCGGUUGCUGAAUUUUCCAAAGAGAGAGUGAAGCCUGCUGAAACUGUAAGACCUAAAACAGCUGCUGAACUUUCCAGAGAGAAAGUGAAGCCUGCUGAAACUAUAAGGCCUAAAUCGGCUGCUGAACCUUCCAAAGAGAAAAUGACGUCUGCUGAAACUGUGAAACCUAAAACAGGUGCGAAAAAAGAACCGCCUGCUGAACCUAUCAAAGAAAAAUCAACACCUGCUGAAACUGCUAGACGUAAAACAGCUGAGAAGAAAGAACCGGCUGCUGAACCAUCCAAAGAGAAAGUAAAACAUGCUGAAACUGUGAGACCUACAAAAGAAGAGGCUGCUGAAAAAAUCAAGCCUGUUGAACCAACAGUUGGGAAAAAGGAAUCAGUAAAAGAUAAAGCCAAGCCCGCCGAACCAACGAAAAAAGUAGGAAAGUCCAAGCCAACAGAACCAGAAAUGUUGGAAGUUGUGGAACCUAUAUUCGAAGUUGGACCUGGAAAGAAGCCUCUUGAAGCUGCAAAAGUUGACAAAGAAAAAGGCGAAGGUAAACCGUCUCCAACGGAAAGGAAAGCAAAAGACUUGAAGGCUGUUCCAUCUCCAAUCAAAAAGGAAUCAGAAGAUUUGAAGCCUGGUGACAAACCAGCAAGAGAAUAUGGCAAGGCUCUUGAUAAACCAUAUCCAGUGAGAGAAGAAUCAAAAGAUUUAAAACCUCAUGAUCCCGAUAAAAGACCGAAAGGUAGAGGCCGUGGAGAGCGACCAGAAGACCUCACUAGGCCUGGAGUACAAGAAAAGCUUCCAAAAAAAGAAUCGGAACCGAAAAAACCUGAAGUUGCAGGCAUUGGUGAGGCUCCCUCCAAAGAUAAACACCUGGGAAAGCCUUCUCUAAAAGAGCAAGCCAAAGUUGGAGAGCCUAAAGUAUCAGUAACAAGUCAAGAUAAGAAACCAGAUGACUUUGUCCACGAUCCAGAGAAAAGAGCCAAAGGCAGAGGCAGAGCAGAGCGUGCUAGGCCUGCACAAACUCCUUCACCAGGUAUUAAGGAAACCGAAGAAGCAGCAUCUAAAAAAGACGCAGAACUAAGAAAAAAGGCCAUGAAAACUGAACCAGAACCAGCAGAAAAAACAAAAAGACCGAAAGCUGUUGAUAAACCCGAAGCUGUAGCAGAACCGCAACUGGUUGAUGCUUAUUCGGAUACUGAAUGCGGUCCUGUAUGUUCCGAGUUGGAAGAAAAGAGGUUACAAGAAGAGGAAAAGCGCAGACUAGAACCAGUAGCUAGUAAAGAUGUUAAAGUGCCUCACAAAAAAGUACCAGCUGAAGAACCUAUGGCAGCUGAAGCAGCUGCUAGACCAAUACUUAGCAAACCACCUGCAAAAAAAUCUGAAGACAAAAUGAAAGAAGCUAUUACCAAACCUGAAACUGUUGCUGAGGCCAAAUCUGCAAAAAAAUCUGAAGACAAAAUGAAAGAAACCUUUACCAAACUUGAAGCUGUUGCUAAGGCCAAACCAGUUGCUGAGGUUAAAACUAAGGAUAGGCCAUCUGAGGUUGCUAAACUAGACAAACCAACUAAGGAAGAGUUUGUAGAGCGAAAACUAGAGCCUACUGUACUCGGAGUAUCACCUCCUCAGGUAGUAUCAGAAGAAGCAAGAAAAAUAGACAAAGUUCCAUCGAAACCUAGAGAAGAAAGAGCUAAACCAGAGGUUCCUUCAAAGGCAGCAGUGACUGAGAAACCUGACAUUGUUAAAGCAAAAAAAGAAGAAGUGGCAGAACCUGUUGAACAAAAACCUGCAGUUGAUGAUAAAGGCUAUAUACAACUUGAAAAGAAACCAGCAUUGUCGAGAAUAUUGGAACCAGAAGACGUAAAGCAAAAAGUAAAACCUGAAAAAGGAAAACCUAGCGAAGAUCAACUGAAACCUGUAGAAGUUAAAGCAAAAACUUCAAAAGAACCAAGUGCUGUUGAAGAAGUAAUCAAGGAGCCUUCAAAGAGAGGAGUGCUAGAAUCAGCAGCGCCUGUUGAUGUUGAGAAAAGACCUCCUGUAACUACCGAAGAAGAAGUACGAGCUAGAGAAGAAGAACCUGUUGUUGUUAUAUUGGCGCCGAAAAAAAAAGCAGAGGAAGAAGUACCUGAAGAAAUCGGGAAAGAGCCACUCAAAAAAGAGAGAGUCGAAAAAGUCAAAGCUGUUGGAGAAGAACUACCACCAAUAGAAGAAGUUGAACCCAGAGUCGAGGAGCAAAUUGCUGUAGCUGAAGAGGAUCAGCUGCCACCCGUAGAAGAAGCUGAGCACAAAGUUAAGGAAAAAAUUCCUGUAGCUAAAAAGGAUGAGUUACCACCUCUAGUAGCAGUUGAGCCCAAAGUAAAGGAAAAAAUUCCUGUAGCUAAAAAGGAUGAGCUACCACCUGUAGAAGAAGUUGAACCCAAAAGUAAGGAACAAAUUGCUGUAGCUGAAGGGGGUGAGCUACCAGCCGUAGAAGAAGUUGAACCCAAAGUUAAAGAACAAAUUGCUGUAGCUAAAAAGGAUGAGCUACCAUCCGUAGAAGAAGUUGAGCUCAAAGCUAAGGAAAAAAUUCCUGUAGCUAAGAAGGAUGAGCUACCACCUGUAGAAGAAGUUGAACCCAAAAGUAAGGAACAAAUUGCUGUAGCUGAAGGGGCUGAGCUACCACCCGUAGAAGAAGUUGAACCCAAAGUUAAAGAACAAAUUGCUGUAGCUAAAAAGGAUGAGCUACCAUCCGUAGAAGUUGAGCUCAAAGCUAAGGAAAAAAUUCCUGUAGCUAAAAAGGAUGAGCUACCACCUGUAGAAGAAGUUGAACCCAAAGUUAAGGAACAAAUUGCUGUGGCUAAAAAGGACGAGUUGUCGAUAGAAGAGAUUUCUUUGGAGCUCGAAGAACUAGAAGCUCCUGAAGAAGAAAUUGAUGAAUUUGUUAGUGUUCGAGAAGAAAUUCCAGAAGCCGUGACUGUCACAGAGAAAAUUGAAAAAGAGCCAAAAGUGGAAAUUUCGAAAAAGCCAGGAGAAGAAUUUUUUGUGGAAGGCAGAGAACCAGGUGCACCCGAGGCAGAAGAGAUGGAGGAUUUUUUUCCUGCUCGUGAAGAACUUCAUCCAGAACCCGUGCCUGUUAUACAGGAAAUUGAAGAAGAACCGGAAAUAAAAGUUGAAGGGCUGGUAAAAGAAAAGGUUCCUCCAAAAGUCAAAGAAGAAGAAGAAGCUUAUGAAGAAAUUACAGCAGCUGUUGCAGAAGAAAAACCAAGGAAAAUAGAAGAGCCGAUUGAAGUUCCAGAAGAAAUUAGAAUUACUGAGCCCAAAAUUGAAAAAGAGGCUCCAGCAGUUGAAAGAAUCGAACCAACAGAGCUGGGAGAAUAUGAGCCCAGAAAGCUACAGCCUAUGGAACAAAUAGCGGAAGAGGAAGAAGGAGUCCUUGAAAAGCCACCCAUUUCAAAAGACAUAGAUUUACGACCACUAGUUCCAGUAGCUGAUGAGACUGAUCAGUUUUUCACAGCACGAGACGAAAUUCCAGAACCUGUGGCUGGUAUAGAAGAGAUUUUGGAAAAAAUAGAAGAAGAAGAAGCUCGAAAAGAAAUCACAGAACCUGAGAAAAAACUAGAAGCAAUAGAAAAACCAGUUGCAGAAGCAAUUAGGGUUUCUGAGCCCAAAAUCGGCGAAAAGCCUACUACUCCAGAAUUGGAAAGAAUUGAACCGACAGAGCCGGUAAAGAAGGUACCGUGCAAAGCGACAUGUGCCGAUAUCGGAACUAGAAAACCAAAACCUGCGAAGCCACUGGUGAUGGUUCCAAUAGUUGGUGAGCCUGAAGGAGACAUGGAAGAAGCAAUAUUGAGAAAAAUCCGUGACUUGAAUGAUGACCUAAAACGAGCCGCAAAAGCUAAGAGGCCUGGACAAAAAGAGCAUAGCCCAGAAGAAAUAGAGAUAUUGAGGAAGUAUGGUGAUUUAAAAAAGCAGUUGGCACUUGCAAGGAAAGUUUCUGGUGUCGAAGAUAAGUUGAAGAGAAAACCCAUCUAUGAAACUGGUGCACCAUCGAGCCUGCCAACAUCAAAACCGUGUGAAGCAACUUGUAGUAGGAUACCUGAAGAGAACCGUUUGGGUCCUACCAAAAUAAAAAAACCAAAGGAUAGAGAAGGGUCUGAACCUGACUGGAGUGACGAAUUUUUAUCUGCAGCAGAAAUAACGCAAGAAGAUCUCGAAGAUUUCUUAAAGGCCGAAGAAACAUACAGAGAGUUCAAUAGAUUAAAAGAAUCAUUAGAUCUUACAUCGAUACAAGAGGACGAAGCUUUAAAGCCUAAAGGAUACUUGGAAAAAGCAAUAUUGAGAAAAAUCCGUGACUUGAAUGAUGACCUAAUACGAGCCGCAAAAGCUAAGAGGCCUGGACAAAAAGAGCAUAGCCCAGAAGAAAUAGAGAUAUUGAAGAAGUAUGGUGAUUUAAAAAAGCAGUUGGCACUUGCGAGAAAAGUUUCUGGUGCCGAAGAUAAGUUGAAGAGAAAACCCAUCUAUGAAACUGGUGCAUCAACAUCAAAACCAUGUGAAGCAACUUGUAGUAGGAUACCUGAAGAGAGCCGUUUGGACCCUACCAAAACAAAAAAACCAAAAGGUAGAGAAGUGCCUAAACCUGACUGGAGUGACGAAUUCCUAUCUGCACCAGAAAUAUCGCAAGACGAUCUCGAAGAUUUCCUAAAGGCCGAAGAAAUAUACACAGAGUUUAACAGGCUAAAAGAAUCACUAGAUCUUACAUCGAUAGAUGAGGACGAAGCUUUAAAACUCUCAGAGGAGGAACCUUCCAAACCAGCACCUCUUAUGAAAAAAACGCCUACAGAAACCACUAUGCCUGUACCUAUUUGUAGGGCUCGUUGUAGAAACCCUAGAGAAAGGCCUACUCUGUUCGGUGAAGAAACUGGAGGAAUUAUUACCGGAGUUGAUUUAAACAAACCGUACGAUUUGAUACCUCCAGGAUAUUAUAGGCCUGAACAAUCACCAAGAGAGGCAAUGCCUCAAUGGGCAGACACAACUCCUGCAAUAGCAGAAACUGAAAUUCCAAACUUAAGUCUAUCAGAAGAAGAGGAGUCACCACCUCCAGCAAUUCCAGAAAGUAUUCGAAUGAGUAAUGUAAUGACCAGAGUUCUAUCGGGUCAACUUUUAGGACCACCACCGAUAACCAGAGAGCAACAAUCUCCACGUAACCUCACUGAUGCUAUUAUCCAACAACGUCAGCUAUCUGCACAACGAGUACAUACAGCAAUGGCUGAUAGAAAGCUAGCAGAGUCAGUGGACGAAGAAACAUUUGGAGAAGUCAGUGAAAUAAGUGACACAGACUUUACUGACGAUGCCUAUGAAUCGGCCAAAGGUGAAAGUACGCAAAGUGACUAUAAAUCUUUUGAAGAUGAAGGUGAACUUGUUACUGAUGGUGAAAUGGUAUAUGAAACUGAAGUUGUUGAUGAGAAUCUAGAUGAGUUUGAAGAUGAUGCUGUAGCAGCCCCAGAUGAUAUUUCAGAAGAGCAUCUCAGUCAGCCAGAUAAGUUGGAACAGAUUGAAGAGGUUACGGAGUCUGAUGAGGAGAAGGCAGGCUCGACGGAGGAAGAAACAGAAAUAUCCAUUUCUAAAGAGGAAAUUCCAGAAGAAAAACGAACUAUUAGUAGCCUUGAUAGCUCUGGAAAAGUAAAAAGUAAAAUUAAAAGUGUCAUCAUCAGUACUACAGUUGAAUCAUACUCAGAGUCUCGAGGACCUAGCUAUCAUAGUAUUCCGGAAAUAUCCUCUGAUUUUCCAAGUGCUGAAGAUAUGGAGCAAGCGGAUGCAGAAAUACUAUCUCUACCUUCAACUUCAUCAGACAGACUUAUCGAAAUCUACUCGCCUAUCUUCAGUAAAUCGGAUGUAAGUCAUAAAAUAGAUGAACAUGGAGCAUCGGAUAUUGAAAUUGUAGAUCAAUUAACUGAACAACCAGUUAAUGCGGAAGAAGACGAAGAAGAAGAACAACGAGUUAAUGCGGAAGAAGACGAAGAAGAAGAAGCGUUCAUCGAUGCUGUGGAGCAGCAAAAAUUGGUCGUAGUAGCAAUGGAAGAAAUACAAUCCAAAUCUGAGGAAGUAUUUGUGGACUCAACAGCUACAGAAGCCGCAGCUUAUUCUGAUCAGCCCGUUGAAGCAAUUGAAACUGCACCUGCUGUAUCUGAAUCAGCCAAGAGAUCUUCGAUAUUUGCCAGUUGGUUCGCUCCUACAACCACCAGUGACAUUCAUCAAUGUAGACCCGAUUGUAGAAUGAAGCCAAGGACUGAUAAAUCGAAACCGUGUAGGCACAUGUGUUGGCUCACAGUAGAUGAAAGCACUGCAACAGUUGAUGUUUGUGAUAAAGAAACUACUGCUGAUGAUGAGGCUGCAGAAAUGUCGUUGGCAGCUGAAGAUGUCUUGACGAUUGAAAGUAUCGAUUCAUUGGCAGCGAGUUUGCGUCAAAUGCUAGAACAUCCGCCAGCUUCUAGCUGUAGAGCUGCAUGUGGUGUUGCUGGUUUGUCUAUGGAGGAACAGUUAUGGACGUUGAGGGGCGAAUUAGAGGUAAGUGGCCCAAUGUAUUGGUAA